GAGCUGCUGGGCUACUUGUGAAGUGGGAAGUCUGGAGAGGAGCUUCUACCCGGUUGGCACUGGAAUCAUCGUCUCUUUGCCAUGUGGCACGAGGGGUUUUGGAGUGUCCUGGAGUACACCUGCCGAUUGCUGGGCAUCUCCACUGCAGCAGUGCUGAUCGGUGUGGGCGUAGAAACUCUGCAGAGAGGACAGUUCAAAAGCCUGGCUUUCUAUCUGCUUUUUUCAGGGGUUGCAGUUACUGUCUGUGAAGGCUUCUUCUUUAUCAGUUUGGUCCUGGAGAUGUGCUUCAUAUGUGAAUCUGAAUCCUUAGAACAGUCCUGCUGGAAACGAGCUAGAUGUCCAGGAAGCUUCCAGAAAUUCCUGGGGUACACACUGCUGUCGGUGGCUUGCUUCCUGCAUCCCAUUCUUGUCUGGCAUGUUACUAUCCCUGGAUCCAUGCUCGUGCUUACCGCCCUGGCCUACUUCUUGCUGAGCAAGAGAAGGAAGAGCCCAGAGCACAAGGAGACACAUGCCCAGACAGGCCACUAUGAGGACCCUUCAGCCACUGUGGCAGCCCCAACCAUUGCUGGUGACACUGAGCAGACCCACACCUUCCAUGGGGCCCAGAAGGAACAGCACCUCUCACUGCUCGGCCAUAUGAAGAGCAUCCUGAAGGGCAGCAAAGACAGGAACCCAGCCCCAGCAGCUCCUGCCCAAAUACCAGCUUCACCAGCCCCACGCAAGCAAGUGCACUUCCAGGAGAAGGUGGUGCAGAUCAUCCCCUCUGUCACCAAUAGCUUGGAGGAUGUGGAGAGCGAGACCGAGGAGGCCACAUCGGACACAACACCCAUCCUCACCCCAUCUGAUGCCCCUGUCAUCCUCUCUCCCCUCAGCUCCACAGGUCUCUUUUAAGCCUACAGCAGGAGCAAGGACAGGGCAGACCUGCUACCCUUCUGCUGGCACCUCUCCCUGCCGCUCCAGCCCUGAGUGGUGGCCUUCCUUACCCUCCCUGCCUCCAGAGUGACAACAGUGUCGCUUACAUUUCAAGGGGCUGCCUGCACUACGUGGUCCUACACCAUGAGACAGGGUCUGUGCUGGUGCCCAGCCAAUGCAGCACCAUGCCCAGGGGGCAGAUGAUGGUUCAGCUAUGGUAGUGCCCGGGUAGUAAGGUUUCUACUCCCAUGGCCUCAAAUCUGGGUCACCCCUGUGUUAGAGCACUUCAAAGCAGCUGCUUCUGCCUAACAUCACAGCCCUGGUAUGUACCUCCCAUGAGGCAGCAGCAGGAGAGACCACCAUCCCUCCAGAGCAGCCUCUGCUGUGAGCAGCUGUCUCCCUCCUGCCUUAAUGGCUGGGACACAUGCAGCACAGAGCACCACAACCUACAGGUUUCCCCACAGCACCUGCACCAGCUGCAGCAGGCCCAAGGCAUCCAAAACAUCAUUUCAGAGAUGGGAUGAGAACAAGUACACCCGUGGAGCUAAUACCUGCUAAUGCCCUUCCCUGACCAGCAGGGAAAUCACCUCUGGCUCUGGGAACACCUAUACAGGACCAGGGACGACUCUAGGGCUUCCUGGUAUCUCCCACCCAGGCAUUCCUCUUAAGUUAGAAGGGCUUUGGAAUGAUGUAGUAGCUCAGGAAGUGAGGUUCAGCGCCAUGUUGGCACGGCAAGCCAUGUGUAACUCCCUAUGUGUGUUAAUUAUGGGCUCAAGGGGUCAAAGGCAAUAAUAAAGUUAUAAUCCUGUUCUGCUAGUCUGCUCCAUGCCAGUUCUUUCCUGAAUCCUUUACCUUUGGCUCAAUCUUAGCAUUUGCCCUCUAAGAACCAUAAACCUAUACUCGCAUUUCUCUCCUGUUCAACUCAUCCCCUUGUCUCUCCCCCACCUGAGGACUAAAACUUUCUGUUUCCCAAUGGAAAACGGUGUCUGCACUUCAGAUACAAUCACUAAGACCCUCUUGUCAGCACCAGGCAAAUCUUGACUGCACAUGGGAAAAGUUCAGGUGGAUGGGUUUUCUUGGAUAUGGGACAUGA